UCUUCAUUUCUAAUCCAAAGCAAUCGAAAUGAUGUUUUCUUUGGACGAACUAGUAGAUUGGUUAGACCUAACAAUUUUUGAGAUAUGGAUAAACUUAGUUUCAUUGGCAAUGUUUACAAUGCUACUGGCUCUAAAAUUAGAUGACAAUUAUUUCUUUGGUAACACAGGAUGGUGGAUAGUUUUCUCACCUCUCUUCGUCGCAGAUGGAUUGAAUACUUACUUUUGCGCAAUUAUUUUCAUGAGAAUGCGUAUGGAGGGAGGGCUAAUCAGAGGUGCUAAUUACAGAGCACUUCGGAGCCUCACAACGCUACUCUUGCUAUUUCUUUUUAAAUACCUAUUGUGUAAAAAGUUAACCGGGCAAAGCACUUUGGAAUACUCAGAAAUGAUGAGCCCCAUAUUCCUUCUUUGGCAAUUAAUCGCAGUUAGAGCAUGUCUACGCAAUUGAUUUCUACAAGUUAUGGAACAUUCGUGUAAUUUACCAUAAUUGUAGUUAACAGAACAAAAGAGAAACUUAAGUGGAACUGUUUCGUGAAAUUUCUAAUAUUAAUAACAUAUGUUUAGUAUAAUAUAAUAACAGCAUAAUAAUGAUUUCAUGGAUAGAGUUUUAUUUUUCUUCUUUAUAUCCUUUGUGUUUAUCAUGCAGUUUUUUCAUUAUUCUUAUUAAAUGUUAACUUUGCACAAUAUCUUUAUUAUGUACAUGUAUGUAGCGAAACAUGUAAAGUUAAGUUUCAAGUACAAACUUCAGACUAUCGAAUUUUAAUAAAGGGUGUUUGACUAGAACUAAUGUUUUUUAAUGUUACUUCAAGAUUGUGUUAUUGACAUUUAAUUAGGCACAGCCGACAACGAUGAUACUUUUAACUUGGAAGACAUUCAUGAUUUAACGUGUGUAAGUUUCUAGAACGGUAAUGGCCAAAUACCACCUGUAGUGUUCACUUCUAGAUCAAAAUAAUUUGAAACUUCAAUAAAUUAAGUGUUUGAAAUGCUAUGCUAUUUCAAUAGAUGUAGCACAGUAAGUACAUUUUUAUUGUUAUUAAAUGGAUGAACUUUGUAUCGUACCGAAGUGAGAAAAGUGGAUAUUGUGGACUCGACUUUUGUCAGCGUCAACAACUUAUUACGAAGCAAUUAUUUGUUUUGACAACAAUAAUAAAAAAUAUUAUUGAACAAUACUAUAUUUAAUGUCGGUAUAAUGUAGAGGUAAAGAUGAACGAUAAGAAUAAUUAAUACUAUAUCAAGGAUUUAUUGAACAAAUUUUCUGAAAAUUUCUGAAAUAUUUCAAGAUGGAUAAACAAAAUUACUAACUCAGUUUAUAUGAAAAAAUUGAUCGAUGUGAAUGAAUUUAUUACAUAUAUGUACAUAAUUCCUACAAAAAGUAGCAAGAAGAUAAUUUCUAUGCUUAAAAUAAGUAUCAUGUUUUAAAAAUAUAAUGUUAUCAAUUUUUCAAAGAUAAAACUAACGUGUAUGUAAUAUGUACGUAAUAAGGAGGUAAUAAUAAACAAUGAUACGAGAUUAA